AUGAAGACACUAGGCUAGAUUCAAAUAGAGGACAUCUUAAUGAUGAUGUUGAGAGAAAUCGCGCACUUGUGAAGGGACACCGUGGUCGACUGAUCCUGGGGUAACGUCAUCUUCAUAUAUGAAGGUUGGGGGCAGGCUGUUGCUUUAACGACGUCUGGGAGCAAGAAGAUACUAAAGGAGGAAGGGGGUGGCUCAGUAUCAGCGAGGGCGAAUCGCUUGCAGAGCUGCUUCUAUUUGGGCAGAGAUACGAUGAGCGCGUGUGAAUUUCUCCACUUUCAAGAUAUUUUACUCCGCUCCAAUUCGCGAGGAUUUUCGGACGUGUCACGACAAUGCUCAGAUAAAUAACGUUUGAAAAGAAUAAAUGGAAGGAAGACAGGGUUGCGCAUUUGGAAUUCACUUGUCAUCGGGGGAGACGCAAUACUGGAAAUAAUGGGGAAUACUACACCCAAACCGCUUAUAGUUCAUUACGCCUGUCCUGAGGUCUCCGCUUUACUGAAGUCGGUUGCGGUGGGAAAAUGGAAUGCUAACCUCCAGCACCGCCCGGUGGCCAGCAGGCAGUACUACACGCUGCCGGGCAACGGGGUGGAGCGGCGCACGUCAGCCCCGCCCCUCAGCCUGAGCCUGGAGUCGCCGCGUUUCCACCCCCACGCCAAGGGCAAGAACAUCCGCCUGGACUCGCAGCUGCGGCGCGCCACGCGGAGGAACAGCUUCUGCAACGGCGUGACCUUCAGCCAGCGGCCCGUGCAGCUGUACCAGAAGGUGCGCCUCCGCCUGUCCGCCAUCCACAGCGGCUGGAGCGGGGCCCUGCGUUUCGGCUUCACCAGCCUGGACCCCGGCGAGCUGGGCGCCUCCGAAAUCCCCAAGUACGCCUGCCCCGACCUGGUGACGCGGCCGGGCUACUGGGCCAAAGCCCUGCCGGAGAGGCUGGCCCUGCGCGACAGCGUGCUGUCCUUCUGGGCCGACCGCCACGGCCGAGUCUUCUACACCGUCAACGAAGGAGAGCCUGUCCUGUUCCACUGCGGGCUGAGCGUGGGCUGCCCCCUGUGGGCCAUCAUCGACAUCUACGGCAUCACGCAGGAGGUCACCAUGCUGGAGAGCACCUUCGCAGAGAGCCUGGGUUCGACCCGCCUAAGUGCCGCCCGCCUGAGCGCCUACCUACCGCAGAGCAACCAUGACUCGGCCAACUACAACAACAACCAGCUGGAGACCAACCAGGCGGCCGCGGCUAAGAUGGCCACCCUGCAGCUGAUCCCCUGCUCGGCGUCGUCCUCCCCCUCCUCCCCCUCCGGCUCGGCCCCCCCGCCCCGCCCCGCCCGCUGCGCCCCCGCCCUGCUGGAGUCGGACCUGCACUUCCACCCCGUGCGCGGUUCCGACGUGGUCCUGUCGGCCGACCGCUCGGCCGCCUGCAUCCACUUCCUGGAGGGCAGCCGGACGCUGGUGUUCGGGGACCGGCCCCUGCUGGUGGGGGAGACCCUGUUCGUGGAGGUGGGCCACCUGGGGCUGCCGUACUUCGGGGCGCUGCUGUUCGGGGUGACGUCGUGCGACCCCGGCACGCUGCGGGCCGCGGAGCUGCCGGCCGACCCCGAGGCGCUGCUGGACCGGAAGGAGUACUGGGUGGUGUACCGGGGCUUCCCCGCCCCCAGCGCGGGGGACGUGCUCAGCUUCACCCUGCUGGCCAGCGGGGAGGUGCACCAUGGCCUUAACGGGGCCGGGCGGGGCCGGCUGCUCUGCGUGGACUCCUCCCAGGUGCUCUGGGUCUUCUUCAGCCUCCACGGUGCCGUCAACCGCCUCAGGAUUCUGGGGACAGCACAGUCCAGCCCUCCCCCAGCCUCACCCUCAGGGUCACCGGGAGGAACUCCGGAUGACAGCGACUCGGACAUGGCCUUCAGCGUUAACCGCUCCUCUUCUGCCUCAGAGUCAUCGCUGGUGACGGCUCCCAGCUCUCCGCUAAGCCCCCCCCUCUCUCCAGCCUUCCCGCCCCCCGAGGUGCCCCCAGGCAGUAAGAACGGCGAGUGCACUGUGUGCUUCGACCAGGAGGUGGACACGGUCAUCUACACCUGCGGGCACAUGUGUCUCUGCAGUGACUGUGGCCAGAAGCUGAAGAAACAGAUCAAUGCCUGCUGCCCCAUCUGCCGCCGGCCAAUCAAGGACGUGAUUAAGACUUACAGGCCCUAAGGGCUACGGGCCCGUUCCCCUGCAAAAACUGCCAUGUGUCUGCCCUCCCUCUCUCCGUCUCUCAGUUUUUCUCCCUUUGGAAGACCCCAUUCUCUCGUUACACAUGGCAGUGGACUCAUUAGCAGACUGACAUAUCGGUCUCUCCUUCUCCCUCUGUAAUAUUUGUCGCUGACUCUGUAGCUGAUAGAUUCUCUAGCCCAACUGCCCCGUGGGGGUCAGGGGUCAUGAACUGCAUCAUAAAAGACUAGAGGGAGGAGUCAGGGUAGGGAAGCCUUUUAUUAAGAUUCUCGUGGCUGUCAGAGUGAAAGACCUGCCUGUGCCUUUGACAACAAGACAAACUGUCUGCUUUGACCCAGGAGAUAACGUUACGACAAUCAAGACCGGCGUAGACUGAGCUGAAAACAAACACAGGCGGGCAUUGCCGUCUGUGUCCCCCUGUACCGUGCAGGACGGCAGAAGGCUCGGGUUUGGAUCUGGGCGGGCCUGUGUGUGAAGAGGACGUGGUGUCAUCCCAGACGUAUGGAAGGAGCAGUGUUUAAGGAAGUGCAGAAGUGUGUGGGCUUUUAUAUGGGAAAAUAAUUGCACCGUACUAUUACGCGUUUCAAAGCCUAGCUGAUUCACAAAAAUCAGCUUCCUUGAAUUUCCUGUCGAGGAAUUCAUGUGGUGAUAUGGCACACGGUGUACCUGUUGCAAUGCCAUGGUAAACGCUUUAUAUGUGCAAUGUGUAGAAAGAGCUGUGAGGAUGAGAGGAUACACAGUUCAGAAGGGCAGAUGAAGAGGGACAAUUAUUAAUUAUUAAUCUGGCUGUCCAAAGCAAACUCUUGUGAGAUAAAUAAAGCAGCCAUUAACAAUCCAAGCAAAUAUUUGGUUAGUAUUUCCGAUUUCCGAAAAGAUAAAAUAACCCACAGCUUUUAAAAACAUUCAUGUGGACAUGCACAUGUGCAUGUCAAAAGUCUAUUCCUUAUUGCAUUAAAAAUUCUAUGAAAAUUCAGCUUAGAUUCAUUUAAAGUACAGUAUGUGCUGCAAUAUUUAAAUUUAUUUAAACCCCCCCCCCCCCUGCUUUAGAUGUGAAUAGACUGAUACAAAGGUUGUGUGUCUUAUGUGUCUUGUGUACAGUUUAUACUGAUGUUUUUCUGGGUUUUUCUUUGUUUUUCUGUUGUCUUUUUGGAAAGUUGGGAAGAUUGAGUAGAAAUACAUCUUGUUAAGUUACACUGGCACAUCUGCGAGCUCUGUGCGCUGUGUUACCGAGCCUACCCACCUAGUCGCGCAAAUUGUUCACAUACAGAGUGGUGGUGAUAAGGGAAAAGUACAACACGUGACAGAGCCCACUGCUCUAAAAGCAAUUGAAGUGGACAGACCAGUGCAAGAAGCGCUCAGUCCCUCUUUGUGAGUGGCAGUUCACAGAAAGGCAGAGCUUCCUGUACGCUGCACACUUUGAACGAGUGUGAACACGUGCCGGUCUUAGUCCCACUAUGACUGCCAUUCCUUUAAAAUCACUUUAGCAUCGUUUUAUCAUACAUUAUUUGCGUUUGAAACACAGUUAUCCACCGGCCAUUAGUAUAUGACUGAAAAGUAAAAAGACACAACAUUGUAGGUUUGCUCAGGUUGGGUUAAGGCCUGGGCACUGAUGGUUCUGAUGCUUCUAGCGGACUAGCCCAAUUACUGUAAACAGUUCCUGGUUCACUGAACAUAUAUCUAAACCGAUCUCAUUUCUGCAUCCAGGGUUAAAGCAGGUCUGCACUUGCAAUAUUGCAAAGCUUGCACCAUUCAGCUAGCAAAAUUUAGAAAUAAAUUACCUUACAUGUUCUGGGUUGAAAUUUAUUUUCACAUUGUUUUAUGCACAUCGUUUCAUAUGCAGCUACAACUUUUUGCUAGCUUGCAAUACAUUUUUGGCCAUAUUAGAAUGAAUAACCUGGCAUCUGUAGCACCUUUCCUAAUCAAGAGAGUGCCAGACGGAGCUUGAUAUUCAUUCUAGAUCUCAUAUGUCAGGUACAUUCCAUUUCUCACCGUUCUACAGCAGGCAACCCUGGAGACUUGGAAGUCUCGUUUGUGUAGAUGUAUGUGUGCAGAGAUCCGGGAGCCGCUCUUAUUGGCGGGAGCUUCUGUCAGUCUGGAACGUAGCGGCUAACUCACGCCACACACAACCAAUCAAGUGUCAACAGGGAGGUCACCCACCUGGGUAACGCCAUACUGGCCACUGGCAUUCCAGGACCUAUCUGUCUGUGCCUAAACUGUCCUUUCUACCGCCACUGUGCCUUAUCAGGGGAAGCUUUUGCACUAAUUUCUUACAGAAAGUACAGAUUUCUUUCAUCUUCACUCCUCUGUUUUGUAUUUCAGAAAUUGAUAUGUAGACAUGUACACACUGCUUAGAGCCGUCUCAACAGGAGAGGAGCCCCUAGCUCUCGUUAGACGUACCUUGAAAAUGAAUAUUAUUACUGGAACCCUGGCAGUUUUACCCAAAAGAGCCCCCUUAUCACCUCAUGCACCUGAAAGAUUUCAAAAAGUGCCCUCAAGCACAGAAGUGGAAUCAUGGAUUUGGUCAAAGGGCUGAACUAACUACUCCCAGAGUAACCUGUCUGUAACCUUUACCGUGUACCCUUCACUUGUUAGCGUAAUCUCUAAUGAAGACCUGGCCGCUACCUGUAACCUUUGCUCAUCUAAGAAUGAAAAAAAGAAAAACUACCAAAGCUGCUUUGUCAAUGAUGAGAAACAAUGUUCUCAGGAAAGGGUUUGUAAGCAAAACUAAAAAUACAAAAAUGUGUUCAAGAAUUUAAAUACAGGAAACAAACAAAAAAAAAUGGUGAAUGUAAAUGUUACUUUAAAUGCUGUGUUUGUACAUGGAGCAAAAAGCCCCUCAGAUUAAAUUGCCGUUUCUUGGCUGUGCAUUCAGUGGAACGGUAGAGGGCAGUAGGGAUUUAGAGCUGUGAUGUUUCAUUGAUGUCCCUUGUGCAUUUGCUAUUUGUAGGUGCUACUUAAAACAUUUCACCCAAUGGAGAAGAAAAUAAUACUUCAAGUGUGUAUUUUUGCCUGUGAUGUUUAUUAAAUGUAAAUCACAUUCUAAAGCUCAUUAAAUUUAUUGCUGUUGUGCAAAA